CGCCUAAUUUUCUUAACAUGAUCUUAUUAGUAAAACACUGUCUUAUGCAAUUAGCUUCUGCCAGCAGUGCCCGCCCACCUUUCUUUGGGGCUCUCUCUGCCUUAGGUUUCUUGUCACUUCUUCCCCUCUCUCCACCACCCGUCCCUGCUCCUAAUCUAUCAUCACUUAUUUUCUGCACAGCCUUUUUCUGCCAUAAAUUAUCUUACUAUUUAUUUCCCCGUCUGGACUCCCUCUCCCUCCCUUCCCGGUCACCUCCUGAGCAGGUGCCUUGUUAGGAUCUCUGCCAUAUCUCAGCCCCAAAUCUCAGCCGUGCGCCUGGCAGCUGGGAGUGUUUUGUGAAAUUCCUGUGGAAGAUGGCAGGGACAACAGACUCUGCCCGGAGGAUAAGAGCUGUGGCUGGACCCAGCCUUGCCUCCCUUCAUCCUCACCCUCCUCCUCCUGCUCCUUACUCACAGCCACAAGGAGAGCCCUGCCUGACAGGCAGUUGUGGUCCCUGGGUGUUCCCCUGUGACCUCCCAAGAGACCUCACGCCAGCCAGGCCUAUCAGGCAAACGUACUCAUACUCAGUGGACUUGGUGGGUCAGCCAUCGCCUACUGGUUUCAGCUUCAGGCUCCUCCCUGUGAAUCUGCCCAGUCCACACCCCGUCUGAGGCUUGUCCAUGCAGCCUGGACGGGGUUUCUUUCCAUCUGAUUGGAAAAGACUGAGCCUGCCCCCAUCGUCUGUCCCCCACAGGACAUUCACUCCAGAGAGCAAGCUGGACUCAGUCAUCCUCCAGGCUCCUCACCUCCCACCCUUCUCCCCUAAACCCAUGUUCCGUGUGCUGCCUUCAGAAUCCUAAAUCCCUAUUUUUGGGUGCAUCUUUCUGUCAGCUCCAUGAAGGCCAUUGUGUUGACUGGGUCAUUUUAAAGCAAUCCUCUACCCCCACCCCACCCCAGAGGCAGCCUUGUCUGUUCCUCUCAGCCUUUAGACACCUACUGACCAGUUGCUAAUACUAGCGCUUACAGGAGUGCCUGCCCACCGUGUGCACUGCAUGUCUCACGUUCACAUCUAAAUCAUCCCCAAUCUGAUGAAUAGAAAAUGGUGUCCUCUGUUCUUAAUUCUCACCUCCCCAAUUGCCAGUGAAGCGAGCAGCUUCUCGCCUUCCCGCUAUUGGCUGUUUGUUGUUCCCUUACGGUAUCCCUUACCUGACUUCCUGCCAGGUGAUUUGUCUUCUCAUUAACUACCCUGAUUUGCAUGUUACUCUCAUAUUUGUCACAAUCAGUAUAUUUUCUCCUAAGGUUGAAAAUUGUCCUCUUUUGAAAGUUAAAUUUAGUUUUGCUGGGCAGUGGUGGCCUAUACCUUUGGGGGGGGGUUCUUUUUUUCGGAGCUGGGGACCGAACCCAGGGCCUUGCGCUUCCUAGGCAAGCGCUCUACCACUGAGCUAAAUCCCCAACCCUGGCCUAUACCUUUAAUCCCAGCAUUUAGAAGGCAAAGGCAGGCUGAUCUCUGUGAGUUCAAGGCCAACCUGGUCUACAAAGUGAGUUCCAGGCAACCAGGGUUAUUACACAGAGAAAAACUCUGUCUCAAAAAAAAAAGCAAAAAAACCUCUUAGUUUUAUUUUAUGUAUGUAGUAUGUAAGUGUUUCUCCUGCGUGUUCGUGUGUGUGUGUGUGUGUGUGUGUGUGUGUGUGUGUGUGCGUGCGUGCACCACAUGCAUGCCUGGUGUCCAGGGAGACCAGAAGAAGGGAACAGGAGUUUAGAUGGUUGCUAAGCUGUCAUGAGCUGUCAGGUGAGUGUAGGGAAUCAAACCCAGGUCCUCUGCAAGAGCAGCAAGAGUUUCAACCUCUGAGCCAGUUCUCCAGCCUGUUCUUAAUUUUUAUUGCAUUUACUUAUUUUGUGUAACUGUAAAUACAUGUGUACCACAAUCAACUUAUGGGAGGCAGUUUUCUCCUCUCACUGUGUGAGACCCAGAUAUCGAACUCAGGUUGUCAGGCUUGGCUGAAAGCUCCUUUAUCCAGUGAUCUUCUUCCUGAACCAUUUUUAAAAUUUUGUUGUUGUCAUUUUGUUCUUUGAGACAAGGUCUUGCAGUGUAGCCCAGGACGGCCUAGAACUCUUAUAUUGUAGCUCAGGCUGGCCUUCUGAGUGUUGGCUAAGGUGGCAGGCAUGGACCACCAUGCCCAGACUGUAAGUAAAUGAGUGUCUUUCUCUGCAGUUUCUUUAGUGAACUGGCUUGUACUUUGACUUUGUCAGUGAGUGGGGUGGCCCAUUUCCAGGGGUCAAAGCUAGAGCCUGACCCUGCUCAGGCUCUGCUGAGCUGAGCCUUAAGCCCCUCAAUAACGGAGUCUGAGGACAGACUUAGAUUUGUAGGAAGUGGCCUGCACCGUACAGAGCACUGACUAGGACUUAAUGAUAUAACCUCUACGUCUUCCCCAUCUUAAAACCACAUGUACAUUUUUUAAAAAGUUUUCUUUCAGUACUGACUAGAGUAAAAUCUUUUUCAGUAUUUUGUUCCCAAUAUCUCUUAAUCCUGUCCAAAAUCCAAAGAUCUAACUGCAAAGAGUGUGGGUGCAAUGCCAAUUUAUCACUGGAGGUGAGGGAGAGGAGGCGGAGUGAAAUGUAGAAGUCAGGUGUGGCACACUAAGUAGUCCAUUAUAAAAGAAAGAAAAGAAAUGUGUUAUAUACCUUAAGUAUAUUUAUAAAUGUAUUUACAUAUAAAGUAAAUUAUGUGUGUUAGAAGUUUUCACAUCUGUAUGAUCAUGAAUAAUAAGUUUUAAAAGUCAUAUGUUUUAAUCCAUCAUUUCCUGAAGCGCUAAGGUAUUACUGUCUUAUCAAACCAUGGCUGUGCUUAUUCUUCUAGCCAUGUUGUAGGCACUGAUUUGGGGACUCAGUGUCUUUGUAGCUCCCAGGCCUAUGACAAAUGCCUCUUGAAUGACAGGGAGUAAAAUGGAGCAUCCUCCCCCUGUAUUUCAGACAGAAUGUCAACAGAAUGCCUUAGGCUGCCAGUUUGCUGGGAAGAGGGUUCCUCAUUGGGGUGCCAUCCAUUUAGAUUAGGUGGAGUGGUGGCGAGCACUGUAGUUCCAGCUCUCAAGAGGCCAAGGCAGGAAGACCUUGAGUUCAAGGUGAGAUCUUGCCAAAAAUAAAUAAAUACAUAGAUAAAAAAGAGAAAGAAAGAAAGAAAGAGAGAAAGAAAGAAAGCAGGCAGGCAGGCAGGCAGGCAGGCAUAGUGGCCUAUAAUCUGACCACUUGAGAGCCCCAGGCAGAGGGUUGCCAAAUUGGAAAGGUACCUUGAGCUACAAAGUGAAUUCCAGGCCAAUCUAAACUAUAAUGUAAGACCUUGUCAAGAGAAGAAAAUGGAGGAGGGAAGGGGGAGGAGAAGAGAGGAGGGUGAAUCAAACUUGAGGUUGGGUGUGGCAGCAGCAGCACACAGCACCUGCACCCCCCAGCACUGGAAGGGGGAGGGCAGAGACAGAGACAGGAGGAUCCCAGGUGUUUGCCCAGUCAGCCUGGCUAGCCAAACCAUCAAGCUACAGAGUCAGAUUGUCCUGGUUAGGUUCCUGUCAAUUUGACACAGGCUACAGUCAUCUUAACUGGGAGGAGGAGCCUCAAUUGAGAAAAUGCCCCCAUCAGAUUGGCCUGUAGACAACUCUGUGGAACAUUGUCUUGAUGAAUGACUCGGGUCUGCCCAGUCCACAGUGGGCAGUGCUACCCCUGGCCAGGUGGUCCUGGAUGACAUAAGAAAGCUUGAGCUCUCUGAGUAGCAAGCCAGUGUAAGCAGUGCUCCUCUGUGGUCUCUGCUUCACUCCUGCCUCCAGGCUCCUGCCUGAGUUCCUGCAUAUACGUACACACACACAGUAAUAAUAAUAAUAAUUUUUUAGAAGAUUUAUUUAUUUAUUAUAUAUAAGUACACUGUAGCUGUCUUCAGACACACCAGAAGAGGGCAUCGGAUCCCAUUACAGAUGGUUGUGAGCCACCAUGUGGUUGCUGGGAAUUGAACUCAUGACCUCUGAAAGAGCAGUCGGUGCUCUUAACCGCUGAGCCAUCUCUCCAGCCCAAUAAUAAUAAUUUUUAAAAGAAGAAACUUUACUUAUUUUUCUAAAGAGAGCAUUCAAGAAGUACCAAGUUAAGACAGCAGCAAGGAAUGAGAGAAGUAUCAUGCCAGCCCCCACCACCCACCUUCCACCUUAUUCACAAACCUGUGUGUUCACAGGCCCCCUGCAGGGUCUUUCUGCCUCAAGGUGUAUUUCCUCAAGCCUUGCAAACUGGCUUGGGAAGAGCCAAUUCCGGUUCUUUUUCACAUCCUGCUGUGGGCUUUAGUUAGAGCUGCAGCAAUGGUGGUAAUGCAGGAGCUUGCUGAGUGCCUGGCUCUGCCCUUACUGUGCAGCCCCACUGGGCUCAGUGCCCAGACUGACCCCGGGAAGAACAACAGUGCACGAAACUGCCACACUCUGAAUCUAAUUGAUUGGUUAAGUACAAAGCAAGAACUCCCUCCGAUGUCCACACCCACAGAUUUGCACAGUGCGGUCAGCACCCCUGCCUUGAUCAGGACUUCAGGGGAAGCGCCCAGCUUAACCAUGAAAAAAUGAAGACAAAUUGUAAAACAAGCCACCUGAAGUGGGGACAAUAGGAAGUGGGGGGAAAGUGACCCCGCUUGGAUGAGCCGCAGGGCUGUUGGAGAGAACACCAUGCUGUUCUGCACAAUGCCAGGGCAGUGGUUCUCAACCUUCCUACCACCCUGACCCCAACCAUGAAAGUAUUUCCAUAUUUCUUCAUAAUUGUAAUUUUGUUACUGUUUUGGAUGGCAAUGUAAGUAUUUGGGGAGAUAGAGGUUUGCUAAUCGGGUUGAGAGCCACGGUGCCAGGGGCUCUAUUGCCUGCUGAGCCACCCCCUGCUGCCACUGGAAGGAGCCCCAUCGGAAAAGAAGGAGGCUAAGGGCUGUGCUGGCCCCACAGAGCGCUAAUGUUCCAGGCUCCAAGGACCUGCCUCCUUCACCAUCUGUGACUGUUUACUAAACAUCCCAGCCUGCUGCUGCACUGUGGCCUUCAGAGGAAGCCCACUUAAACAGACUGCCUGGUCCAAGGCUUACUAGAACAUGCCACAAAAUCGACAGCGACCCAGAGUUCUUUGCCUAGCAGACCAGCGCAGAGCUGAGAGAACCAUCUCGCCUGUGUUGACAAGAUGUGAGGAGACAGGACCAACUCCCAGCUUCACUGUGUGCUCAUUUGCUCCGUGCCUCUCAGGAAGGCCAUGUGACAGGAUCCAAUAGACUAAAGUGUACAAACCUGAUUUGGAGAGAUGGCUCAGUGGUUAAGAGCAGAAGCCAGAACUCACAUCACAGCCACCUGUACCUCCAGCUCCAGGAACAUCUGUUAACUCUGAAGCACUGGCACUGUACACAAACCCACACACAGACAAACACACACAGUAAUAUAAAUAAAAUAUAAACAUGCAUGCAAAGUUGGCUGAACAUGGAGAUACACAUCUUUAAUCCAACACACAGGAGGCAGUGGCAGGCGGAUCCCAACCUGGUCUACACAGCAAGUACCAGGCCAGCCAAGGCUACAUGUAAGAGAGGCUAGGGAUACAGCACAGUAUGUGGAAUGCUCGCCUUGUGUGGCUGGCGUUCCAGCCCAGUGAUGGCUGAGGGUGGGACGUAGGUAGAAGAAAGGGUCCUGAUGAGAAGGCUGCAGAGCCAGAAAGCUUUACACAAAGGAGAGCUGCCGAACCAGCCCAUACCAGCCCAUACAGCCCCUGAUCUGAGAGGCUGAGGCAGGACCAUCAGAAGGCCCAUGUGGACUUGGUGAGACUCUUUCUCACAAAGUAAAAAACAAACCCGACGGAGUGUGGUGUCACACAGCUAUUAUUCUAGCACUUGGAAAGUGCAGUUGAAGGACUGGAAGUACUGGGCUAGCCUUUGCUACCUGAGUCUGAGGCAAACCUUGGCUACAUGAGACUUUGAAUGUGUAACUGCACCAACACUGUUGAGGGGCAGGUCUCAGGGCACUGAGAUCAGCACAGUGUCUUUGCCCUUUGGGCUCAUCUCUUCCAGAUUCCUUCCCGUUUUGCCUUUUCUCCCAGAGUCGUGUUUACAGCAUCACUUUACUCCAUGAGUAUGAAUAAAAUGAAGAACCCUCUUCUUACGAUUGCAGCCUCAGGCGCUCUAACUCAGGUCACCAGGCCUGGCAGCCUGUGCCUUACCCACUGAGCCGUUUGCUUGGUCUGAACUUAAGAUACGAUGGAAAAUGUUGAAGUUCGUGCAGGAGUGGCCAUCAGAGCCCUCUGUAGCCACUGUGGCUCCUGCUGACACAACCCUCACCCCAGGUCACGGAAACAAACCCCAAACUUCUUGUCUUUUUAUUUCAGCUGGUAUUUCUGAAAGAUCGGGCUCCUGUGGGGCAGGCAUGUAUGUAUGCGUGCGUGCAUGUGUGUAUGUGUGCAUGCAUGUGUUAUAUACUUAGUGUGAGCCACAGCAUCAUGAGUACAUCUGAAAUAUUUGACAAGGAAUUGCCACAGCCGAUGAGUCUAGUCCAGAACCUUCCAAAGGCAAGCUUCAGCUUCGAAGUCUAGAGCACUUGGGAGGCAGAGGCAAGCGGAUCUGAGUUCCAGCCUGGGCUACGGAGUAAGCUCCAGAAUAGCCAGGGCUACCCAGGAAGCCCUGUAUUGAAACAGAGUUAGAAGGAAACUAAACCUGAGGAAGGCACCCUGGGGACAACAGCCCCCAGGCUUUUCCAGAACCAAGUCCAUUGUCUGUGGGUCCAGUGAAUUCCAAUGCCUCCCCCCAUGCCCUCUUAGCAUCUUUUAGUUUGAAGUGGCUAAUCAAGGAAGUUCAGCCUCCUUGAUCCCUCCACCAGGAGUUAGCAGAAAUGAAGGCAGCCUGGGAGGAAGGGAUUUCAUAGGGAGCAGGUGUGAGCAUUGGGGACAAAGCAGAGACAUGCGCAGGUGCAGAGGGGCUUUCCCUGGACCCUCCCUCUCCCUGCUGUGCUCCUGCAUUUCGUGCUCCUGCUGCACGUGCUGAGGGACCAGAGGGCCCACCUUUGCUUCUCUGAGCUCCACACAGCAUUCAGGUUCUAGCUCAGUUACAGCACCUCUUGCCCACUGUUCAAUCCCUUCCUGCAUCUGCUUUAGAUUUACCUGCCCCAAAAUGGGGUGAGAUGGAGCCCCUGACCCCUUCAGGUUUCCUCUUUGUGGGUUGCUGAACAGCCUUGUCCAGGCCCUCAGCAGAUCCCAACGCUAUGAACAAGCACUGUUGAAAUGCUCCACUGCCAGCAAAGGCAGAGUCUCUGCACUCCCACCCCUACAGUUCCACUUCCUCCCUUCCCACCAGAACCCCUAGUUCCAGAUCUUGACAGUUCUUUCUUUCCUGGAUAAGGCUGUACUCUAGCACCCUGCAGUUCCUCCUGGAGAGUCCAGGCCAGCUGUCUUCUUUCAAGAUGAUCCAUCCUCCUUUCUGUAGGAGCGUGACGUUCCUUACCAAACACUAUCAGUUCCCCACUUUGCUGAAAAUCCGUUCAGGAUGGUGAUAGAGAGAUGGCUCAACAGUUAAGAGUACUGGCUGCUCUUGCACAGGACCUAGGCUUGGUGUCCUAGCACCCACACAGCCAUCUGUUUUUCCACUAUCAGCAUCAGAGGUCUUCUGAACUAAGCACACAUGUGGGCACAUACAUAAACGCAGGCUCAACACUCGUAUACAUCUUAACAAAUUCUUACCCAGCUAGUGUUCCAGGGCCUCUGGCUUACUCUUUCACACCACCUCUCUCAAACUCUAAUCUGUGCUUCCCCAUCCCUGUCCCCUGUCCCCUGUGUGUGCCCACAUAUCUGCCACACCCCAAAAUUAUGCAGCCAUCUGAACUUAAACUGAGCAUCUGCUUCACAUUUCCUGGAGGAGGCUCCAUUCCCGUCCUCACCUGACUGGCCAGGCUCAGGCUGCCUGCCUCACACCAAGCACACCCACCCCCACCCCUAGGGCUAAGGGUUAGCUGGUUUUGCUGAGCCUGGAGCUAGAAGAAUGAGAAGGACCACAGGUGGUUUUGCUCUGAGGCUGGGUGAGCAUACCUCUUGAAUUUAGAGCAUCAGGGAGCACCCAGAAGCCGAUUCUAGAGGCAAGGUGGCUCCAGCAGCUGGGAGGUCUGUCCUGAGCUCUGUGCAGAUGUGGUAGGGAAGGUGGCCUGUGGAGGAGUGUAGCUAGCUGCAGGCCCUGGACCCCUGGAUUUCAGCGCUGCUCUCUCAUGACCUUAGGGUGAAAGAUAAGGAACCGGAAAGUAGAGCACAAAACAAAGCCCAGCCGGGAGUCUGGAUGGGAGACAGGCCUGCCAGAGAAUGCCCUCAGAGGGGCUGCCUCCCGCACCUGCUCUGCUGCCUUUGAAGUGAGGGGUCUAUUUAGGGGCUGAUUGUGAAACUUCAACACUUCAUCCUUCCUGUUUCACUUCUGUCGUCUGUGCGGUGAGAAGAGUGAUUUUAUAUAUGGAAUCAGAAGUGGUUGGAGGGGGCUGAAGUCUCAGUGUGGAAGUGACAUUUGACAGCCCUAACAGUGUGGCAUGAGGAUCAGCUCCCCUGCUCUCCCUGACACGCACACGCGCAUGCACGCACACACCCACACCUCACCACUGGGAGAUGUAUAGGUGAGGCACUCUGGCCCUUCAUUGGGAGGCUCUGGGAGGCAAGACAUCAUCCCUGGAGAUGGUGGGUGAGCACAAGCUCACAGAAGGAAGCUGUGGUGUCUUGAGUGUCUAGGAAUAAAUACUAGAGAGGACACUAUGGAAUGUGUGUGGAGAGUCCUACAGCAUUUGAUGAAGCCGUCAUGACGUCCUAGGGACACCAUAGAUGGACAAACUGAUGCUUCCACCUGCAGCGCAGCAUUCUGUGAUCACCUAGUUCACUUUUGGAGCAAAACCAAUGUCUCGAAUGAGGCGAUUAGUGAACAAUGGUCGUAUUCAGAGGCAAGGAGGAUCCCAGAAGAUCUCAGCCAGCGCAGUGAUGGGCUGAGUCAGAAAGAGAGGCUCUAAGAAAUGAAGAACAAGGUCUGAGAAAUGGGCUUUGACAGGAAGACAUGUGAAAAAGAGAAAAAGACUUGGGUUCAAUCUGUUAACUGCUUUGAGCCCCACAGUUGCCAAGACAAUGAGCAUCAGUGUCCAGCCCUGGGAGCAUGGACGGCCAGGGUCUUCCAAGGACAGACACAAAGGGAAAUGGUCAAAAAGAUGGAAAGGCCAGGCUGUCCUGGAGCCUGCAGUAGACAGAGCCACCUGCUGCCACCUGAUCACAGCAAAUGUGGUCAGGAUGGGAUGACCCUACCCACCAGCCGGCUCCCGGAGCACAGACCCCACAAGCCUGCUCAGAACCACAGAAGGGCAGAUUUUGGCAAAAUAUAGGGAGAACUCCCUUUGUUUACCCAGAGAAUGGGCUGGACCAGCUUGUCAGGCAGAUGUUGCACUUCUGUGACAUAAAUCCUUGGGGGAAGGCCCAGGGACUGUGACACUGCUCGAGCAGUAGACUAGGGCUCGGGGAGGUAUGGCUUUGGUUCAGGUGUCCAUUGCCUGUGGGUGCCAUGUCGUUUACUUAGAACUACACAUGAAGGAAAGGACAUGUCAGACAGCCAGUCAGGGAGUGUGUUUGCCAUCUAUGUACACGCAGACUCUGGACAGAAUGUCACCUGGUUUCCAGAAACCCCUUUAGGCCCCUUCCACUCAUCCCUUCUGCAAAGGAAACCACUUUCCUGGUGAUUACUUCAUCUUAUGAUUCGUUUACCUGUUCCUGAACACUGCUGCCAGUGAGCCUGUGCAGCAGGUCCUGUGAGGCUGCCUCCCUAUGCUCACAUCUUGGGGACACCAGGACAGCUCCCUGGUGACAUGAAUGCUUGUUGCCUCAUCCUGCUGUGUAGCCAUCCAUUGCCGGGGUUAGUGGACACUGUAAUCCCCCUCAUCCCGUCCACACUGUUCGUGCCUGCCUCCUCCAUGCCCAUGUGAUUACGCGAGCACAUGUGGAUAACCAGGCUGCAUGGUGGCCUGUACUUGUAAACACAGGCAGAAUGGGAGUGCUAACCAAGUUCAAGUCCUGGUUCUUCCUGCCUGGGGAGCAAACACUCGCAUUGGAGAGGAUUCCCAUUAGGGACCGAGGAGCCAGCUAUGUGACAGGUGUCCGUAGGUGACAGGUGGAGAUGUAGGUCAUACAGCGAGGUGUCAGGCAGCAUUUCCACAGAGGAACAGGUCAGAGGCUGCUGCAUCCUGGGCUGCCCUGGACACAUCGGAAAACUCAGCUCACGCCUUUGGCCAAAUGCCUGGUAGCCUUUUAGGGCAGUUCAGUCUCAGCAGGGCCUGGUUCCCUUCGGAGGGAGUGAAGACAAGGGAGUAGGGAGGGUGUGUGUGUGUGUGUGUGUGUGUGUGUGUGUGUGUGUGUGUGUGUGUGUCCGCUGUACCGGCCUGUGUGUCUUUGUCCUAACUUCCAGUGGCACACUAGAUGUCCCUGCUGGAUGCCUGGUCCCUUAUGAGACCCCCCUGGACAGUGUCAGUCGAAGCAAAGUACCUGAAUCCUCUGGUUUAGAAAAGAAUAUUGUUUCAUAAUUUUCUAGUGCCUUGGGCACCUCUGUGUGCUGAUCCAGUGUCCUGGUCUUACAGGCCUCUUGGAGUGGGCGGGACAGAGAUCAAGACUGGCCUGGUCUGGCCUGGUCUAGGCACUGUGUUGGAGCCUAUUGCCUUAUAUGACAUCUGCUGGGAGGACUCCAGUAGCCUGCAUGCUUCUCUGCUUGCCCAGUUUGAGUUCUGGAAACACUUUGCCAGGCAGCUUAGAAGUCAGCUGAGUCUCAUGGUUAUUGCCCGGAUGCUGGGUCAGCAGGAGUCACUUCCUCUCUGGGGAGAGAAGACCCAGCUAGCCUUGCUCAGCCAGCUCCUCAGCCUCAUGAGGCCAUCAUCCCUCAGGCAGUGUCUGGGCUCUGAAACAUUGCCAUCCAGUCCAGGGCAACAGUCAAAGGCCAGUGCCGAGCUAGACCACAAGGUCUGCUAUCUGUGCCACAGCCUCCUGACACUGGCUGGGGUCGUGGUCAGUAGCCAGGACAUUACUCCCGAUCAGUGGGGUGAGCUGCAGCUGUUGUGCAUGCAGUUGGACCGCCACAUCAGCACCCAUAUCCGGGAGAGCCCCCAGGCCAUGCACCGGACCAAACUCAAGGACCUGGCUACCCAGACUUACAUCCGCUGGCAGGACUUGCUGGCCCACUGUCAGCCCCAGGGCCAGUACUUCAGCCCUUGGAAAGACAUUUAAAGAGACAAGAGACAAGUGGCCCAAGGCUCUGGAAGAGAACUGUAGGAGGAGAAGAGUGGAGCCAGAGUCAGCCUGGCCUGCUGGGAAGCUAGACUACUGCCACUACCCAGCACAGGGUCCUUGUGUCCCUGACCAUCCUGCCCAUGAGCUCCCUCCCUUGAGGGCCCAGUUGUCUUUUCUCUCCCGAGCCCUCUCUGUUGGCUACUCUCUUUCCCACACCCUGCUCUCUCUGCCCAUCUUGAAUAUGAUGUUCAUUUGUACAAAUUAAAGUGUUGUUUCCAGCA